AUGACCUAUCGAGAUAUUAGCCAUCUAUGUGAGAUGGCUCGAGUACUCUCGUAUCCACGUUUAAUUUCAAUGGAAAAUUUUCGUCAACCCAAUUUUCGUCUUGUUGCCGAAAUAAUGACUUGGCUUGCUAAACAAUAUGAUUCAUUAGCUGAUGUUCCAAGCGAUAUUGAAGGUGAACAGGAUCGUGUUGCAUUUAUUCGUGCUAUUACUCAAAUAAUUGCUACUAAAGCACAUUUAAAAUUAAAUACUAAAAAACUUUAUCAAGCUGAUGGUUAUGCUGUAAAAGAAAUUCUUAAAGUUAUAACACCACUUUAUAAAGCACUACGUGAUAGUGAAAAUAAAGAAUUAGAUGAAGAAGAUGAUAUCGAUAAUCAAUAUCGUUAUGCUAUGAAUGAUGAUAUUAGUACACUUAAAAAUGCUCGUCAACUUUGUUCAACUAUAACACAAAAAGGUGCUAAUUUACAUGAAUUAUUAGGAAAAGAACUUGAUGCACGAGAAGCACGUCAAGAAGUUAUGAAUCGAGCUAUGGAGCUAUCCGAAGUUCAAGAAGGUGUACGUGAAGCUGGAAAUGCCGCUAAACGUGAAUUAGCAAAACAUCAAAAAUUAAUUGAUAAUGUUCAAACAGAUGAAGUAGCACUUGACGAAAAAAUCGCUAAACGUUUAGAAGAAAAAGAUCGUCAUCAACGACGACUUGACAUGUUAAAGAGUGUUAGACCAUCAUUUAUGAAUGAUUUUGAAAAAUUUGAAAAUGAACUUGAUGAACUUUAUUCAAAUUAUGUAUUAAAAUUUCGUAUAUUAUCUUAUUUGGAAAAGGAACUUGAAGGACAUUUUCGAAGUCAACGUGAAAAAGUUCAAGAAGUAUCGCGUCAAUAUAUGCAAUCAAUGAAUUCACAAUUAACUGAACAAGAUCAACAAAGAUUUAAUCGACAAUUACAAGAUCAAAAUGACGAAAUUGGUGUACAUAGUGAUGAAGAAGAGGAUGAAGAAGGAUCAGAUGAAGAGGAUGAUGAUGAAACAGAAGAGGAUGAAACUAUGGAUCGAGCACUACCACCUCGUCAAUCAACUCGAGGAAAUAGGCCAGAAAAUGGUACAAGAGACAAACCAUAUGGAGGUAUGACAGAUGAACUGAGUGAUGACGAUGAUCAGGUACAAAUGGGCAGAAGAGAUGCUGAUAUGGACAAUGAAUUAGAUGGUGAUAUGGAUCCUAGAAGAAGAGCUGGAGGAAAUAUUAAAGGUCGAAGACCACCUAGUGCUAGUGGCCAACGACGACCAAGACAGCAACCACAACAACGAGAACCAUAUGAGGAUGAUGAAAAUUUUUAA